AUGAAUGAUAAUAUUUUAACUAAGUUAUCACAAAAUUUACUUGAAAUUUUAAAUGAUGAAGAAUAUUAUGAUGUUACUAUUGAAGUUGGUAAUGACCCUUAUAUAAAGAUAUUUCAUGCUCAUAUGGUUAUCUUACAUGAUCGUUCUAAUUAUUUACGAAGAAUUUUAUCGAUCAAUAAAAAGGAAAAUAAAGAAACUUUGGUACAUAUAAAAUUACCAAAUAUUUCACCUGAAAUUUUUCAAAUAAUUUUAAGAUAUAUUUAUGGCGGAGAAAUUUCUUUAGAGGAAUAUGAUACUUCGGAUAUAAUGGAUAUCCUAAUUGCUGGAAGUAAACUUGGUCUUCAAGAAUUAAUCACUUAUUCACAAUCCUUUUUGAUUGAAACUAAGACAAAUUGGAUGGAACAAAAUUUUAGUCUGAUAUAUCAAACAAGCUUUGAGAACGAUUCUUUUUUGGAACUUCAAAAAUUUUGUACUAGUUUAAUAACCAAAAAGCCAAACAAGAUAUUCAGAUCUUCAAGUUUCUCUUCAAUUCCGGGAAAACUUUUGGUCUUGCUUAUUCAAAGUGAUAAUCUUCAAAUGAGCGAAAUUCAAGUAUGGCAACAUAUGCUUAAUUGGGGACUUGCUCAAAAUCCAGAACUUCCGUCAGAUCCUACAAAUUUUACAAAAGAAGAUUUUAAUACUUUGAAAAAUAGUUUACAACAUUGCAUCCCACAUAUUAAAUUAUAUAAAGAUUUAUUAAAAUAUUUUUUGAAUCCCAAUGGCCAAUUAUCAAUACCUCGUAUAGUUGCUGAUUCCAAGAUCAUUACACCUCAGCAUGUUGAAUUAAUUUCAAAAUGGAUCGAUAGAUUAGAAAUUACAGAUGAGAUAAAAAAUACGUACGAAUUCAAAUUGUUACUUCGUGGAUCUCAUGAUGGAUUUUCACCUAAAAAAUUUCAUGAAAUCUGUGAUAAUCAAUCUCAUACUGUGACAAUAAUUAAAGUGAAAAAUAGUAAAGAAAUUCUUGGUGGAUAUAAUCCAUCUGAAUGGAAAUCUGAUGGUUCUAAUUGCACCACUAAAGAUAGUUUUAUAUUCUCUUUUAAGAAUGAUGAUAUUAAAAGUUAUAUCUUAAGUCGUGUAAAAGAUGAAAGACAUGCUGUAAGUAACGAUCGUGGUCUUGGUCCAUCAUUCGGUGUCGAUCUUUUUUUAAUGAAACCGUUGAUAUUUCGUGCUCAUAUGGUUAUCUUACAUUAUCGUUCUACUUGUUUACGAAGAAUUUUGUCAACUAAUAAAAGGAAAAAUGAUGGAACUUUGUUUCAUAUAAAAUUACAAAAUAUUUUACCUGAAAUUUUUCAAAUAAUCUUAAGAUAUAUUUAUAGUGGGAGAAUUACUUUAGAGGAAUAUGAUACAUCAGAUAUAAUUAAAAUCUUGGUUGCUGGAAGUGAACUUGGUCUUCAAGAAUUAAUCACUUAUUUACAAUCCUUUUUGAUUAAAACUAAGGCAAAUUGGAUGGAACAAAAUUUUAAUUUGAUAUAUCAAAUAAGCUUUGAAGACGAUUCUUUCUUGGAACUUCAAAAAUUCUGUACUGAUUUAACAUCAAAAGAACCAGAUAAGUUAUUCAAAUCUCUAAAAUUUUCUUCAAUUCCUGAAAAACUUUUGGUCUCACUCAAUCCAAUGAAGAUAGUAAAUGAAAUUCUUAGAGGAUAUAACCCAAUUGAAUGGAAUUCUGAUUAUUAUUAUGGCACUAUUAAAGAUAGUUUUAUAUUCUCUUUUGAUAAUAAUGAUAAUUUUGAGGGUUAUAUUUUAAGUCGCGUAAAAAAUGAAUAUGCUGUACUUAGAAAUUAUGACCUUGGUCCAUCAUUUGGUAAUGGUGACCUUGUUUCAUAUGGAGACAAAGGCUCAUGCGAUAAUUGA